GGGUCAUAAACGCGAUAAGCUCGAAACGGCUCGACUGAUGGUUUAUUGUCAACACGAUCAAACAUGUUUGCUGCCAUCGGAGAAAGAAGAGAAGUUUUACCACAAAGAGGAACUUUUGGCUAUUGAUUUUUCAAGGUUGCCUGUGCAAUACAGAAUCCGCAGGGCGACGUGAGGACAGACUGAGUUUGAUAUGGAUUUGUUGACGUUUAUGGCACAGUGAAACUGCACAGUGGCGCUUGAAAGAAUCUAACGCAGUUUUGAGCAACCCCACGCAUUGGAAAUCUGCAAAAACAAAGGCCUUGGGAUCCCCGACACCGUUUUCGUCAUGUUGCGCGUGGAUUUCAGAUCGCUGAUUCUGCCUAUUGGCAUUGUUCGGCUGGUGGAGGUGGUUCUGACGUGCAUCUGCUUUGCAUUGGCGGCGUCAGCGGGAAUCCCGACCGAAGCCAAGUCCCAUUGGGCUUGGUGCAUGUUCUGCUGGUGCAUCUGCUGUUUCACGACCCUCCUGGUCAUCAUUUUGGAGUUUACCCACCUGAACACCAAAGUGCCCGUUUCAUGGGAAGACUUCACCAUGGCUUUUGCUAUGUUGGCCACGCUCAUGAUGGUCACCAUUGCGAUCAUCUACCCCACGUUCUUUGCCUGCUCCUCCUGCUCCAGGGAGAUCGGGGCGUCCGCCGUGACCUGGUUGUGUUUUGGGCUGUACGCCGCCGAGGUCUGGUUGGUCCACAAAAGACCUGGUGAAACCAGCGGCUUUCUCACCACCAUUCCUGGUCUCCUCAAGAUCCUGGAGACAUUCGUCGCCUGCAUCAUAUUCACGUCGUUGAGUCCCACAGAAUACAGGAUGUCUCCGGGAACGGAGUGGUGCGUGGCCGUCUACUCCUUAUGCUUCAUUUGUUCACUGCUGAUCAUUUUCCUCACCAUCGCCAAGCUAUCUUCCGUCUUUCCAUUUUCGUUCGACAAAGUGGUCAUUAGCUUCAACGUCCUGGCCGUGGCUAUGUACGCAACCGCUGUUGUCAUCUGGCCGCUCUAUGCUUUUGACAAUAACCCACGUCCGUCAGACUGUAAACGCUGUUCUUGGGAUGACCUGGUGGUGGUGACCUUCAUGACUGUCAUUAACUUUUUGGUAUAUAUCGGAGAUAUGGCGUACUCUGUUAAAAUAGUAUUCUUUAGCCGACACGGGCAGGAGUAACCCAUGCCAUCUUUG